AUGCAAGAGGCUCACCCGCACUUGCCGGAUACAGAGGCGCACGGAAACUCGGCGCAUUUGGAUGCAUUGGAAGAGACGGUAAACAAGCAGAUUGAUGCGGACGUCGAAAUUCUCCUGGAGAAUUACAAGGAGGUGAUCAACCUGAGCCGCAUAGGGGAAAAGAACCAGUUUGAUGUGGGGCGCGAGGCGUUCCAGCUGGAGAGCAGGGCAGAUAGUAUGGUCCGGGCGGCACAGUCUUUAUACCUUUUGUCGGAUGCGCUCAAGCUGUCUCUGCUCUUGUCGCAGUCGCAGCUCUCUGAUGCACGGAAGCAGGAGGCGGAGCAACUGCUUGCGCAGACAAGCGCGUAUCAAGGAGAAUGCAGCCGCAUGCUUGCGGAACAUUGGUUCCCAGGUGCAAAUGUGCGCGGCGAUUCGCCGCGUCCAGAUGCAGGGGACGGGGCUAUGGAGAGUGAGGUGUAG